AUGAACGUGCUCGACAACCUGCCGUCCUUUCUCCAGUUUCACCUUGGCGAGUCGUUGUUCCCCAAUUUCAUCCGAGUUAUCAAGAACUGGUCAGCUACCGACCUCGCCUACCAGAAUCGCAAGCUUCAUGUUGAAUGGGUCCCGUCGGAGCUACGCUCCCGCUGUAUUGACGAUCCCACCGACGAUCAAGGUCCUCAAGUCCGUGAUCCCAUGGACUUCCUUCUCUGCAUGGAAGACCCCGUGGAGAUUCUUGAGGGCACUCUCCACAUCGACAUCCACGCCAAACAUGUUCGUGACGUAGAUGAUGGCCUUUCUGUGAUCGGUUACCUCGACGAUUGGAACGAGAGUCAGGCCCAGCUCCAGACCGCUCUUCAGACCAUCGAGACCAUUACUGACGAGAAGAACAGUUUGAACCGGGACCUACAGUCCGUUCGUGACGAAUUGGAGGCAAUGAAGGCCGCUCAAGAGACUGCUGCUGCUAUGACAGAGUUGUCUAAAACUGUUACGCCUGUUCCGAUGCUCGCAGUGGACGUCCCUACAGGUCCACCAGGCCAGACACGUGCCAGCACUACUACACUACUCAGUCCCUCGGUCCAUGACAUUGCUCCACCGGCGACGGCUCAUGAAACGGACGGAGAAGAUGGGGAGGACCAACCCAAUGCGUCCUCUCCUAUGGACACCGGUCGUGGGGGUAUCAGUACCCCCACGACGGGUCCAUGA